UUAGGCUACUUCCCAGAAAUUGGUCAGGUGAACAGUCAUAUCUACAAGCAAUCGCUACCGCUAUUGUGUUACUGGGUGUUUUUACCCUUCCUUCACCCUGUUAAAUCGAAUGUAUUUAUUUAGGUUUCCCUACGUUAAUAAGAAAUAAAUGUAGCUGCAGCACCAAAAAAUAUAUUGGAUUGCUGGCUCCUUGACCCUUGGUUCUCAGCCGUCGCAGUGCCGACCAGGUGUUUGUUAUUCGGCUAAUCACAGGUUACAAGGGCCGUUUAUAUUCGCCGUCAGUUAUAUUGCCUUUGAUAGGGCCAGCUUGCUAUCGAAUUUGCCGAAUUUUAAAAUACAAUCAGAAUCUUGAGAGCCAUCGCCUACAGAACAGCGUUCAAACGAACUAACGAAUUUGGGGCAUACCUCAAGUAAAUGGAAUACCCCGUGUAUGUCACUGCUACCAGUCAAAUUUCUUUGGACAAAAUAUUGGAGCUGCAGGACCAGCCUAUAAACGAAGAACAAGCCUGGGCAUUGUGUUACCAGCUAUGUACCCUAUUAUCUGAAGACCAAUAUGCGAGAAGAGGAGAGUUCUACACGUCCAGGAGAAUGGUGCAGCUCCCUGGUAGAAAUAACAUUUUGCUGAUAAAUGAUGGGAAUGUUUGUCUCAGAAUGGACGACAGCAGCACAGACUACUUUGCCUUUGAGACAGAGGAUGAGCUGGUGGAUUACCUGGGAAGGCUGAUCUACUCCUGCCUAGACUGGGGUCUGGAUAGCAGUGUGGAGAGGGAGCUAAAUGAAACCCUCGAGGUUCUGUUGUGCCAGAUGACCAAGGUGAACCUGCAGGAGAGUAUGCAGGAGUCAUUCCAACCUUUGUGUACAUUCUCUGAGGUCAUCCAGAUCUGUGAGAACCGUCUGUAUGAACCAGCUCAAGCAGCACGUCAUUACAGAGACAUCUGUUCAGCCCUCUUCUCCGACACUGUGGAACUGUGCCAGUACUUCCACAACGUUCAGCGCAACAAAGAUGCUCUGCAGAAGAUCAUUGUUGAACCAGAAACAAGAACGGUUUCUCAGGAUGCACCGCACUGGGUAUUUGCAUGGAAGCACUUGAUGGAGGACUUAUGCAGAGGGGUAACACUCAGGCCUGUGGAAUGGUUAAACUUGAGCACUCCCCUUCCUGUUGAGCACUCUCCUUUCCAGCAGCUCUUGGAGGACAUAAAGAUCAAGAGGUACAAGCUCCGCAAUAUCCAGACAGUUGGCAAAACUUAUAUGUCUGGACAUCAUGAGGCUCUCCUGAAGGCCAUCUCCUCAAGGUCUAAUUUGAAACCUGUGAGUUCUAAAGGGUAUCAUAGUAUUUACUGCGAGUACGGGGCCUUGGAACGGAAACUUAAGACACGGCCCAAAGAAAAGGCCAGUCUCCAUGAGCUGCUGAUGGGGGAAAUCCGAAAGGCUGACCAACUGAAACUCUUGUCUUCACGCAAAAAGAGAUUUUCUGAUAAAGAUGAUUGUUUCUCACCCCUCAACUGUCCGAUUCCCUACGGUGAGGGCACCGCAACUGAAGACAACCCUUUCCUGUUGAGCCCCUUCCUAACACCUAAGACUGAGGAGGAGCCAUUCAAAGAGCCAGUAUUCCAGCAAGUCAACACUGGAGUGGGUCCAGAGUGGGAAUUCUGUCCUGCUCUUUCAUCUUCACCAUUGGACCCCUUCUGUGGCUCAUCAAGAAGACACUCUAGAUCCUGUUCACUUGGCAGCCACCUCUACAAACUUGAAAGGAGCUGUGCCAAGGUUAAUGUUCCCCUUACUAUUUCUGAAGUCAUCAAGAGGCGCCAGACUGAGAUGAGGACCUUGAAAAACAUAUACUCUGACAGAUUCAAAAAAUGGAGGGUAUGUUCAAGUUGUUCAAAGAGGAGCCUUUAUUUCACCUGGCAUAACUGUUGUUUCCUUUGCAACCGGGUUGUGUGCCCUGAAUGUUGCAUGAAGAUGCACCUGCCCUAUAAGUGGUGUGUGAACCUGCCAGUGAGUUUUUUCAAGAAGAUUGUGUUGAGCAACGGCUGUGAACGGGAUGUAUCUCACUUCUGGAGAGAGCGCUCGACUUGGGACCAUACCAGGGUUCCCCUUGUCCUGGAGUCUCAUAUCACAAAUACACUCCCCCAGCCUGGUUUGGCCAUGAGAGACUGGUACAGCCAGGACAUAUGUACCGAAUGCAAGAAGGUUCUGCUGGAGGCCUGUGAUUCGGUGUUCAGACUGAGCCCUGUGCCGAGCUCCAAGGAAAUCUGACCACCCGUCUCCCGGGAUGUCAGAAUGUUCACCUCAACUCCUGCAUCACCCACACACCCUUUGCUUUGCCACCAGGCCAGUUUUUCCCACUUUUAGUAGACUUGUCACCACCUGCACGUUCAGCACUGUUGCUAAACUAGAGCAAUUAUGUCCAUUCACCUAGGUUAUCUAGUGUUCGUUUCCACUUUGUUUCACUAUGUUAUUCAGCUGUGAGCAUUUAUUUUAAUUCUUCUCCUUGUUCCACUGAGUUCUCAUAGUUCUAUGUGUUUUGUGUUUGAUAACUGUUAAUGUGAUUUUAAAGACAUUUCAAAUCAUUAAAUAAAUAUGCCAAAUAUUGAA